CUGAAUCAGCAAUAAUUAAAGGACCCAGUCCUUAAUUCACCUGAGAUACUUCCUCACCUACUAGCCCUCAAGGCCUGAAUCCAACCUCUUCCCAGCUCCCACAGUUUCUCGUUGAGGACAUAAAAGAAUAUGUUACUGACAUGAUGGAAACUGACAGCAGUUUUGCACAAGAAACAAUGAAAGUGCUCGGCCGUGACUGGAUCUAUUUGAUUGACAGCGGUGGACAGCCGCAAUUCCACAACCUUUUGCCACACUUCAUUGAAGGUUUAUCUACCAUCUUGAUUGUCAUCCGCCUUUCCGAAAAGCUUGACAAUAGUCCAACAGUUGAGUACUAUGAAAAUGGAGCAUCAACUGGAUCUCAUCAGUCGCCUUUAUCGAUCAUAGACACCCUCAAGUGCUUAAUUCGCUCUUUGCAGUCUUACAAAAUCAGUGAUCAGAAAUCAAAACUCGUGUUUAUUGGCACUUUCUAUGAUCAGAUUACAGAUACUGAUUCACUCACCGAAAAAAAUCAACAGCUAUAUGAUUUGUUUUCAGAAGAGUGCCUAGAUCAACUGGUGUUCAGAAACUCAGCUAAAAACGAGCUUAUUUUCCCUAUUAACGGGAAGCUUCCUUGUGAACCUGAGAAAGAAAUUGCUCGUCAGAUACGGUCACUUAUCGAAUCGAUUCCUGCUCAGUUUGAAAGUGAAAUUCCAAGUCGCUGGAACAUGUUAGAAGUUUUCAUGGAGUACACAUCAACCUGCCUCCAGAGAAAAGUGCUAAGCAGAGCGGAAUGCUUGGAAUUAGCCCAAAAGCUGAAAUUUAAAAUCAGCGACUCAGAAGAUGAACUCACAAAUGCCUUGAGGCAUUUUCACAACAUGCAUCUUCUGCACUACUAUCCCCAAAUCCUACCUGACGUGGUGUUCACGAGCCCUCAAGUUAUUCUGGACGAAAUAACAGCACUUGUCAAAGAAGUUUAUCGUGUGAGGGAUUCUAGUGGUGCUACCAUUGUAGUAGAUUAUCAACUUCGACGUGGCAUCAUCACCACUGCAUCACUUUCCAAAUUUCAGAGACACAUUGUAGAAGGGAUCUUUGGUCCAACAGAGCUUCAAAAGUUAUUCAUUGGGCUCCUGAUCGUCACACCCAUCUCCUCAUCACAAGACAAAAACGACCAUUCAAACAAGAAAUUCUUCAUGCCAGCUCUUCUUCACAUGAUUCCCUCUGCUGAUUUAGAAAUGUACCGAGUAUUUGAGCCAAUACAGCCGUUACUUAUCUCUUUUGAAAGUGGCCUGCCUCGUUCUGGAGUUUUCUGCUGUCUUCAGGUCUACUUAAUGAAAGAGCUAAAGUGGAAACUCGUUUACACAAACACAGAACCAAAAAUAAUUGCACAAAACUGUGUAAUGUUAGCACACCCCCGAGAGCCUUGCACGAUCACCAUAAUCGAUUCUUUUUCCUACAUUGAAGCGUAUGUUUCUUCAAAACCCGAGAAUUACCGAAGAGUUCUGCCACUGAUAAGGGAAUCUAUUCUUGACGGGAUUAAAGCAGCAAACCAAGCACUUCAAUAUACCUGUCAUGAUGAAGAUCAGCCCCGAUUGACAUUCUUUUGCCCAUGCAAUCAAGAGGUUUCAGCCAACCCUCCACAGCGACACAUUGGUAAAGUGAAAGAGGGAAAUGAGAUUCAAUGUUCAGUUCAGCAACAAAGCUAUUUCGAUCUCAAUGAGAAGUAUACCAAAUGGCUUGGGCCCGUCAUUUCAGGUAAACUAUUGCAGGCAUUAUUCUCGAGAGAGAACACCUGUGGCAUAUACAUGAAGCAGUAUUCGAUGCAAGAUCUCAGUGGAAAAAUAUUGGUCGUGCUCUUGGAGUUGAGUCAUCCCACCUCGAUAGCAUUCAUGCAGGUAAUACUUCUUCCAAUCAGGACAAUGGCGAGUGUUUGUAUCAAGUUUUGGAGAGAUGGAUCCGGUCUGGUGAAGCUACAGUAACUAUGAAUAGGCUUCUUGAAGUGCUAGAAGGUAAAGUGAUUGGAAAAAGACAUCUAGUUAAUGAAAUUCGAGCAUAUGAACCCGAACAGAAGUCGAAAAUUGGACUUGAUUAAUAAUAGUUUGGUGAUGAGACUUGUUAUUUUGUGUGUUUGUUUUGGCUUCAAGAUUGUUACUCUUGAUAUAACUUUGAAACAAGUAAUAUACGUAGUCUAUAUACUGUAAAAUCAUACGUACUGCACUAGACUAGUCUUGUAAUUGUUGUGACGCUUAUGCUAUAUAGCAUAU